AUGGUGAGUUUGGGAGCGAUUCUGAAGCAUCCGGAUGAUUUAUAUCCGAUGUUGAAGCUGAAAAUGGCCGCACGGCACGCGGAGAAGCAGAUUCCACCGGAGCCACACUGGGGAUUCUGUUACACAAUGCUCCUCAAGGUUUCUCGAAGCUUCGCCUUCGUCAUUCAACAGCUCGGCACCGAGCUUCGCAACGCCGUUUCUCGAAGCUUCGCCUUCGUCAUUCAACAGCUUGGCACCGAGCUUCGCAACGCCGUGAGUCUCGAUCCUCAAAUUUCUAUCGAUUUUGUGUUACUAGAGAAUUUUUACGGAGAUUUUUGA